GGAGGUGGGGAAAGCCCAUUCUAAUAAUUUCAUAUCUCGGGACUCGGGAGCCCACUUCCAUACCCACGUCUAUUCUAGGGUUCCUCUAUUCCGCUGUUCCAGAUCUUGGACAUCGCUCUCUCUGAAUUGUUGCUCUGUUGCCUUGCAAGCUUCUUUUAGAUACAUAAGAUGCCGAGGACAAGAGCAAGUGCUGCAGCUGCUAAGUCAGCUGAGCCUGUAAAGCUACUGGAACCAGAACAGCAGGUUGAUCUUGAUGAACCUGAGGAUAUGAUGGAAGAAGAGGUUGAAUAUGAAGAAGUUGAGGAGGAAGUGGAAGAGGAAGAAGAGGAAGUGGUAGAGGAGGAGGUGGAGGAGGAAGUGGAAGAGGAGGAGCCUGAAGAGGAGGAAGAAGAGAAUGCAACUGCUAAUGGAACUGAUGCAGAUGCUUCUGGUGGUGCUGGUGACGCUAUAAAAGUUGAUGCAAUGAAAGAUGAUGAAAAGGAUGAGGAUGAAAGCGGAAAACAUGCUGAGCUCCUUGCACUUCCUCCUCAUGGGUCUGAGGUUUAUGUUGGUGGCAUACCUCAUGAUGCAUCAGAAGAAGAUUUGAGAAGCUUCUGUGAGUCAGUAGGAGAGGUUACUGAGGUUAGGGUUAUGAAAGGCAAGGAUUCAUCAGAGAAUAAGGGUUAUGCCUUCGUUACUUUCAGAACCAAAGAAUUGGCUGCAAAGGCUAUCGAAGAUCUGAAUAAUAUUGAAUUUAAGGGGAAGCAGGUAAAGUGCUCAACAUCUCAAGCAAAAAAUCGAUUAUUCAUUGGUAACAUUCCUAGAAACUGGGUGGAGGAUGAUUUGAGGAAGGCUGUGAUGAAUGUUGGCCCUGGGGUCACCACUGUGGAGUUGAUGAAGGAUCCACAAAAUUCUAGCCGUAAUCGUGGUUUUGCAUUCAUCGAGUACUAUAACCAUGCAUGUGCGGAAUAUUCAAGAAAAAAGAUGUCCACUCCAAAAUUCAAGCUUGAUUCCAAUGCCCCUACAGUGAGCUGGGCUGACCCUAGGAGUGGGGACUCCUCUUCUAGUUCUCAGGUAAAGGCGGUUUAUGUAAAGAAUUUGCCAAAAAAUGUCAGCCAAGAUCAGUUGAAAAAGCUCUUUGAACACCAUGGUGAAAUUACAAAGGUGGUUCUGCCUCCUGCAAAGUCUGGACAGGAGAAGAGGUUUGGUUUUGUGCAUUUUAAAGAGCGGUCAAUGGCCAUGAAGGCUCUUAAGAACACUGAAAGAUAUGAAAUUGAUGGUGAUGUUCUUGAGUGCUCUCUAGCAAAGCCUCCAGCUGAUAAGAAAGGUGAAACAGCAUCCAAUGCUCAAAAAGGUCCUCUGCUGCCAAAUUAUCUUCCCCGCAUGGGAUAUGGUGUAAUGGGGCCGUAUGGUGCUUUAGCACCUGGUUUUGCACAGCCAAUGAUCUAUGGAAGGGGGCAGACCCCUGCUGGCAUGGCUAUGGUGCCAAUGUUAUUACCUGAUGGGCGCCUUGGAUAUGUAUUGCCUUGUAUCUUGCAGGCAACAGCCCGGAGCGGCUGUAACCGCACCUCAGCAAGGUGGUAAUCGGAGUGCCAGCUCUAGUGGGGUUCGGAAAAGCAAUAAUGAUAAUAACCGUGGGCGCAGGUUCCGUCCUUAUUGAUGUACCUUGCCAAUUGUUUGCAUGUGUGAUUCCUCUAUGCAGAACAUUGGUCGUCAGAAUAAUUAUCAGCUUAGAAUUUUUUAUAUGAGCUUGAGGUAUGUACUCCAGUUUUGGACAGUUUGUGUACUGCGUAACUUAGUGGGUUAGCAAGAAGAUGGGUCAUCACAUGCUUGAACAACCUUGUGUAUUUGUAGUUGACUUGAGGACAUAUUAUUUCAAUUUCUAGCCAAUUAUUGUCAUAUGGAUAACGAUUCCAGGGACUUGCUGUGCAUGAUAUAGUUUUAGCACGUGUGUCAUAUGUGUAAAUGUUCAACUCCUAAAGACAUAGAAGGCUUUUGCUUGAUUAUUUAAUUA